AUGAAUAAUAAUAAUAAUAAUAAUAAAAGUUUAUUAUUAACAUAUAUAUUUUCAUUAAUUGGUGGUCUUUAUGGUUUACAUCAUCUUUAUUUGGGCCGUACUCAACAUGCUGUAUUAUGGGUGACAACAUUCGGCGGCUUUGGUAUUGGUUAUAUUUAUGAAUUAUUAUUUUUAAUAAAAACUUAUGUUUAUGAAGCCAAUAAUCAUUGCUUAAUAAUCAAUGAAUAUAGAUUAAAAAUGAGAGCAAAAAAAUCACCUAGUUUUGAAAUUUCAAGAUUAUGUGGUAUACAAAUAACGGGUACACUUGGGCCACGACAAUGUUCAUUUAUUUGGCCAUUAUUAGGUGCAAUAUGUGGUAUGCCUUUUUUAAUAUGGCAUAUUAAUUCAGCACCAUCAUUUAAUAUCGCAGCAUUUUUUUCUUGUUGCAUUUUUGAAUCAAAAAUUCAAUGGAAUAGAGAAUAUUUUUUAAAUGUAUUAAUAACAAAAUCAGCUGAACAACAAUUAUUAAUUUCAUCAAAACAAAUAAAACGAAAACGAUGUCAUAUUGUUAAACGUUGUCUUAUAUUUGGACUUGGUGUAAUGAUUUUUAGUGUAAUAUUUACAUCAGCUAUUUAUCAAAAUUUACAAGUUGAUGUAAAAGGUCAACGUGUUAAACUAAAAGAUGUUUUAAAUGAUUUUUUUAAAUCACAAGAAUUUACAAUAAUGCGUGAAAACUUAUCUAUUAUUAUAAGAAGAUUAUGGGCGUUAUAUUUGCAUUAUGGUUUUAAAGGAUUAUGGAUGAUAUUUGGUUUUGAAAAAACUGAAAAACAAGCAUUUGAGGUAGACAAUGUUGCUUCUCAAAAAGAUAUCGAAUCUCAAUGUCGAACUUUAUCACGUAAAUGGCAUCCAGAUAGAUAUCGAAAUUAUGAACAAAAACAAAAGGCUCAAGUUACAUUUAUGAAUAUACAGCAAGCAUGUGAUCGUUUAUCUAAUGAACGUAAACGACGUCAGUUAAUCAAAACACAAAAAUAG